UGAAGACCGAGACAAUGACUGUCAGCAGCAUGGCGAUCAGAAAGAAGAUUGAGCCUGAGGCCGUAUUGCAGGCUAGAGUCAGUACGAUGGAAACAGCCCAGCAGGUGGAUGGGGGAACAACUGGGGGGAAAGAGAUGAUAACAACUUCCCACUCUGUCACCAUGGAAACCACCUGCACUACCAUGGAGAACAGUCUGAAGUCUGGGAAGGGAGCAGCAGUCAUGAUUCCCGGACCGCAGACGGUGGCAACAGAAAUCCGUUCUCUUUCUCCGAUCAUCGGGAAAGAUGUACUCGCCAGUGCCUAUGGGGCCACUGCAGAAACCCUGUCCACUUCCACUACCACCCAUGUUACCAAAACUGUGAAAGGAGGAUUUUCUGAGACCAGGAUAGAGAAACGCAUCAUCAUCACGGGAGAUGAAGAUGUAGAUCAAGACCAGGCGUUGGCUUUGGCCAUCAAGGAGGCCAAACUGCAACACCCAGACAUGCUGGUAACCAAAGCCGUUGUAUACAGAGAAACAGACCCAUCUCCCGAAGAAAGGGACAAGAAGCCACAGGAAUCUUGACCCCUGUGCAAAGAAGUUGGCAUCUCUAUUCAAACCAACUUGGAGAGCAGUUGAGGAGAGGGCCUUCACACUGAAUUCUGAGAUUAGACACAGACAACCCAGCUGCAAUGUUCCGUCCCUGCUGAGAGACUACAAAGGAAGAGCAUAUAUAUGUAUAGAUAUAUAUAGGUAUAUAUAUAUAUAUAUACACACACAUACACACACACACACACACACACACACACACAUACACACAUACACACAGCAAACAGAACACAGCCUUGCACUGCUAUGGAAGUUGCGGGGAAAGAAAUCAAACCAACGGCUAAAGCAAACCAACCAACCACCUACGUUCGCCUUUGCAGACAAAAAAAAAAAAAAUGGAUGGGAUUUUUAAGAAAAAAAAAAGAAAAAGAAGAAAAAAAUGCUACCAUGAUAAAGAGAAAUAAAAGCCAGACCCCUUGUGACAUCGCAGCUGCCCAGCAAGCCACAAGCUCUGCAUAUCCCAUCUCACGAGGACUCGUGUGUGAUCCGCUCCUUCUUUUCCAACAUUCGUCACCCAUGUGUAUGAGGGGGAAUGCUUUGCAACAAAGCAAGCAUCAUAGAAGCUCCGAACAAGAAAAAUGUUUGAAAGAAGGAAAGAAGAUCCCCACUGGCAAAAGGAAGGAGUUCUUUCUCUCUGGGCCUGACACUGGGCUCUGUGGCUAGUAUUCGUACCCCUCUCUCCUCCCUCCCCCAAACUCAUGCUAGUCGUGACGUACUCUCUUGCCACCAUUGCCCCACUCUUU